GCUCGGCCCGGGGAAAUCCCGGAAAGAUCUCUACCACCUGAUCAAGAAGGCUGUAGCGGUCAGGAAGCAUUUGGAGAGGAACAGGAAGGACAAGGAUUCCUAAUUCCGUUUGAUUCUUGUUCUGGGUCACAUGUAUGCAGCUGAGGCAUUGUACAUGCUUGAUGGGCCAACUGUGGCUGCAGAGCAUCUGACUACAUGCAUGCUSGAACACACAAACUCAAUGGAUACGACACACGGUUCCAACUGUGGAAAUGUGGAAACGGAGGAGGAGAAUGGACGGAAGUGGAAAACAGUUGAAUACGGUGAGGCCAGCACAGAUGGCAGUGAUAUCACAWCAGGAACUGGGAGGAGGAGCUCUGCUAGCUCUGCGGCAGGAGGUGGUAUUGCCAGUAGUGGUACUGCCAAUGCUGGGGAUAUACCAGGCGCUCUGUCAGGAACUACAUCUCAUGCAGCACUGUAUGUCAACCUUGCAGCACUAUCUGCAAUGCAAGAACUCUCACGGGGUCGCAAACAAGAUGCCCUGGAUAUGCUCAAGCAUUGCUGUAAUAUCAAAUGCGUGUGGGGAGGGUUGGCAAGUGACGCGACAAGCAAUGCAGCGGGAACCAUGGGACUUCGGCCAGCAGCUGUGCAGGCACUCUAGGAAGCGAUUGCCAUGGAUAUCACCGGGCCGUUCCCCAAGCACAAGACGGGCGUCGAUGGGAUUCUCACGAUGGUCAACCGCCUCACCAAGUUUGCCAUGUUCUUGCCUUGUCGCUAUCACGCCAAGGCACCGGAGUUGGCUGAGAUUCUCUACGCCAGUUGGAUUCGAACCAAGAAUUACCCCAAGGAGAUCUCCUGCGACCGCGACACUCGGCUCAUGUCCGAUUUUUGGUUGGCGCUCAUCAAGCGAUGGGCCUCAUCCCUCAAGCCAAGUUCGGCUCGCCACCCCUAAACCGAUGGCCAAACGGAGAGGGCACAUCAGACCGC